AUGAAGCGCAAAGCAUCUGAACAGGAGGAAACGCCUCCAAAGCGCGCCCCCAGACAGGAUCCUGUCUCCUGUGAAUUAUGCAGACGAAAGAAACUCAAGUGCAACCGCCAACAGCCAUGCAGCAGCUGCGCGACGCGACGGUUGCCCUGCAGCUACGGGCCAUCGGUACCCUCGUCGAAUACAAGUCAGACUCAGCCAGCUGGUAGUACAGUAUCUACAAAGACAGUACAAAAUGAGAGCCGGGUGCCAGAUCCGAAUGCUGCCUUCGCUCGUCCGGAUGGUCAGAUAUCGCGCGACAGGAACGAGUCUGUGAUGACGGCGGACUGGCUCGAGAAGAUUGUCUUGGGGGAUCGAGUUCAGACGGGCAUGCGAGUGACCCAACGCGGACUGAAUGAACCUUCAAAGGUCGAUGUUAUGAGUCCUGGGCAGAGAGUUGCGGGGAAUUCUCUGUCGACAUACUGGACGGCUUCUUCUGAGAACCCCGCGACGGUUUAA